UUAUAACUGUUGUUCUUCUGAUGAUGGAUCCAGCUGUGAUUAUCAUCUUACUUCUCUACAAAAUAUAUUCUACUCAAGCAGUGAGAAAUUCAGAGUCGUUGGUCAUCUCAGCUGAGCCCGGUGAAGCGGUCACUCUCAACUGCACAUUUGUAGACGACUCAAAUAAAGAUGUUAGGAUGUGGUACAAACAAAGACUGGAACAUGCGCCGCUGGAAGUGGGAUCAAAGUUAGAAGACAAGCCGGCUGUGUUUGCAAAUAAAUUUGACAAAUCGAGAUUUAAACUCAACAGAAUUGCGAGUGGCAUUUCUCUCAGUAUUGAACGUGUCACUAAAGAAGAUGAAGGAAUGUACUUCUGUGGAGAGACUGGAAAGAAAACACUGGACUUUUCUACUGCUACAUUCUUAGCAGUCACAGGGCAGGUAGACAUAUCAGUGCUCCAAACUCCAGCAUCAGGGACAGUUUCUCCAGGAGAGACGGUCACUCUGCAGUGCACGGUCCUCUCUGAGAUCAGAGCAGCAGAACUUCGAGUGCUCUGCUCUGUGUACAACUUCUCCAAGAACAUCCUCGACCAGCACCAUACUGGAACUUACUACUGCGCUUUGGCUGCUUGUGGGAAGAUCAUUUUUGGUAAUGGAGCAUCAGUAGAGCUGAAGAAAGUUCAGGAGGGGACUGUGAGUGAGAGGACCACCAGACAGGAACAGAACACUGAGAACCUGCAUUACGCUGCCAUCCACAUCAAAGAGAAGAAAGCCAAAGGUGAGAGAGUGAAGAGAGAACAGCCUGAAGACAUUGUGUACUCUCAAGUGAGAGUUCUGCUGAUUGAGAUGAGUCUAUGUUCUCUGAAGGAUGAUGUGAGAACUCAGCUUUAG